AUGGAUUUUAAGAAUGAAUCUGAAGUUGGUUCUGGAGCAGCCGCUUCAGUUUUUACUGUAAAUUGGAAAAAUUCAGUAUUUGCAAUUAAAAAAUUUAACAAAAUUUUAAGUAUGAAAGAAAUUACUAAUGAGAUUGAUUUAAUGAAAAAAGUUAAUACUCAUCCUAACAUUAUUAAAUUUGGGGAAUCACAAGACAUUCUUCAGAUAUUUCCGGUACCAUUUAAACGCGUAUUAUUCUGGGAAUUAACUAGUCGUUCACCACCUUUCGAUUCUGAGGAACUUACUCUAAUAGAUAUUGUCAAUGGUAAAAGAGAGAAGCCUAUUCCAAAUACAAAUCCUGAAUUUGUUAAACUUUACAAAGAAUGUUGGAAACAUGAACCAGAUGAAAGACCAGUUAUUUGUCAAUAUGAUAUUGAUGAGAAGCAAUUACAUAAAGAAAUGAUUAAUAAUAUAAAUGAAGGACUAGAAUUGGCAAUUCUAGAUGUAGACUUAUUAACUGAUAAAAAAUCUCUUAAAGAUGAAAAGUUGCUGAAUAGAGAUUCGAAACAUCAUCAUGUUAAUGUUAGCUUGGAUGAUUCUAUUAUGGAAGUAAAUUGCAGCUCUCUUUCUCUAACUUCUUUGGUUUUCAAUUAUCCACAGAAAAUGAUUUAUCUAUAUGAAAAUCAAGUAUCAACUUAA